CCCAGCCUCUUGGAAUUUCAAUGAACCUGGCUCUCAUCCUGACUCGGGGACCCCAGAUACAUCACUUUCCCUUCCCCAGCCUCGGUUUGCCCGUCUGGAAAAUGGGGUCACCAUGGGAGGUAUGAGGCUGAAGUCAAGCCCUUGGUGGGUACAGCACAGAGAAUAUGGACAAGCUUGCGGCCAGCGUUCUCUGGGUUCAGGGCAUCUUCACCUUGGCGGAGGUGGCAGAGCCCUCUUGCGCCCUGGCAGGUUGGCGGGACAGGCUACCCCUUGGAUUGUGACACCCCCUCCUCUCACCUAUGACCUCAUCCCCAGAGCAGCCAGUGGGAACCCUGAGGGAUCUGUGAGAUCACUCAUUCCAUUCACAGACUCUUGUCAGAGAGCAGCCACCAGCUCACCUCCAUCCCCAGGACUUAGAGGGACACAGGGCAUUGGGAACAGAGGACACUCCAGGCGCUGACCCUGGGAGGCCAGGACCAGGGCCAAAGUCCCGUGGGCAGGAGGAGUCCUCGGAGGUCCUUCAUUCAGCAGUUCCGGGAGGUCUAGGAAGCCUACGGCCUGGCUGGGGCAGCGUCAACUCCGCCAGGCCGCCAUGGUCCUGUGCUGGCUGCUGCUUCUGGUGAUGGCUCUGCCCCCAGGCACGACGGGCGUCAAGGACUGCAUCUUCUGUGAGCUCACCGACUCCACGCAGUGUCCCGGCACCUCCAUGCGCUGUGGUGAUGACGAGGACUGCUUCACAGGCCGGGGGAUCGCCCCAGGCACCGGUCCGGUCAUCAACAAAGGCUGCCUGCGAGCUACCAGCUGCGGCCGGGAGGAACCCGUCAGCUACAGGGGCGUCACCUACAGCCUCACCACCACCUGCUGCAGCGGCCGCCUGUGUAACAGAGCUCUGGGCUCCUCGAGCAGCCAGACGGUGGGGGCCACCACCAGCCUGGCACUGGGGCUGGGUAUGCUGCUCCCUCCACGUUUGCUGUGACCAACAGGGAGGACGAGGCCUGGGACUGUUCUCCCAGAUCUGCCACUCCUCACGUCCCCGUCUCCUUCUCCCACUAAAUGGCCAGAGAGGCCCUGGACAACCUCUUGUGGCCCUGGCUUCAUCCCUUCUAAGGCUGUCCACCAGGAGUCCGGUGCUCGGGGAAGCACCCCCAGGCCUGAUUGAGCAGCAGGGGAGCAUGGCCUGUGGGUUUGAUUGUACUACUCUAUUCCACCGGUUCUAAGAUGCAGAGCUUCUCACGUUUUAAUCACGAUGCUUCUCUCCAUUGGUGGCACCUUAGAGUCCAUGAAAUACGGUAAAAAUAUAUAUAUAUACAUAUAUAUAUAUCUCAUAAUAAAUGACAGCUGAUGUUCAUGGA